AUUUCUCCCCGUGAUAGUGCUUGCAGCCGAACAGAAAAGCAACAGCUGAUCUUCGCUGUGUACAGCGCAAGUACCUUUCUUUAGAAGCUGCGUGUUUGUUUGACUUAGUGCAAAAUGGAAGAAACAGAACAUGUUGUCAAUGAAGAUGCAAAGACAAAAAAGAAUGAUGUGGUAUCUACAAGGUUUACACCUUCAAAACUGAAACUCCAGAAACAGAGACAAUCCAAAGUCGAUGAAAAAGUUGUGGAGCUUGCUGGAGCCAUUCUCCCACGGAUUAAAUAUGGAUCUGACCAUAGAGCCAGCAUAGCAUCAGCCGUUUACGAAAUGCCUGAAUAUCCCAUCGAACAGAAGGAAGAGAGAGAGUACUUUGAACGUCAGUACUCCCAAAGGUCUUCUGAUUGCUCCCUCAGUUUUAACACAGUUUCUGAAUCUUCAGGGUUAUUCUUCGAGAAUGGCGAUCCUGAGGGAGAUACGGUCAUGACCAAUGGGGUUGUGGAUACAGACCACUCGGCUACUGCUGGCACCCACUGCCACCGUAAUUCUGUAGUUCCUGUGUCACCAUCCAAAGUGAUAACCCAAAUCAUGAAAGUUGACAGUGUCAUUCCGCUUGAUGUAGUGGAGCAGCUGGAAGAAGGAUAUGAUGCUGUGCCAACUUUCCAAAGGGUAUCUGUGUCCGGAGAAGACACCAGCGGGGUGCCACUGAAGGAACUUGAACAAGCAUCCAAGAUUCUGGUGGAGAUGCUGUUGAUUCGUGAAAAGUACAUGCUGCUGUCACAUCAAGCCUUCCCAGUGGUCACUGCCCGCUUCCUUCAGAGCCUUGAGGACCAGGAGGACUUUUGGGGUGUGCAAGAAAUCUUUUCCAAGACAAGUUUGGAAGAUCUACUCCUUGCAUGUACACCAAAACACCCAAUCCACCCCCCACCCAGAAGUGGAGACCCAUUCAGCUGUGAAUAUCAGGAGUCAGUGGGGUGUGUUCUACGAAUGGAGGAGGGAGUGAUGCAUGUGUAUCGCACUCAGGCGGACGCUGACAGUGGCACACAGCUAGAGUGGGUGUACCCUGACCUGAAGACCUUCCUCAAGGACCAGAACCUGCUCUACACCUUCAUUGCUGAUGGACCACUGAAAUCCUUUAGCUUCCGACGAUUAAGCUACCUGUCAUCUAAGUUCCAACUGCAUGUUCUGCUAAAUGAACUGAAGGAGUCUGCAGAGCAAAAGGAGGUGCCUCACAGGGAUUUCUAUAACAUUCGCAAGGUUGACACUCACGUGCAUGCUUCCUCCUGUAUGAAUCAAAAACAUCUCCUGCGCUUCAUCAAGAAAACAAUGAAAAACUGCAAAGAUGACAUUGUCUGUCGUGACAAUGAUGGCAAGGAGAUGACACUUGGUGAGGUUUUCUCCCAACAGGUCUUUGACAGUAUUAAUCUGACUACUUAUGACCUCAACGUGGACAUGCUGGACGUCCACGCAGACAGGAACACCUUCCACAGAUUUGACAAGUUCAAUGCAAAGUACAAUCCUAUUGGAGAGAGCCGCCUUAGAGAGAUUUUCAUCAAGACUGAUAACUACAUUGAUGGAAAGUACUUUGCCCAUGUCCUUAAGGAGGUCUUUUCAGAUUUGGAGGAGAGUAAGUACCAAAAUGCUGAAUUUCGUCUGUCAAUCUACGGCAAAUCAAGAGAUGAGUGGGAUAAACUGGCUAAGUGGGCCAUCAAGCACAAGGUCUACUCUGAUAAUGUGCGUUGGAUGAUCCAGAUGCCACGCCUUUAUGAUGUGUUCAAAACAAACAAGCUGGUGAAUAGCUUCCAAGACAUAUUGCUUAACAUUUUUGAGCCUUUGUUUGAAGUCACCAAUGAUCCAAAAAGUCAUCCAGAACUUCAUGCCUUCCUGCAGCAUGUCACUGGGUUUGAUUCUGUGGAUGAUGAAUCUAAGCCAGAAACCAUUGUUUUUGACUCAGAAUUAGCCCUUCCAGGAGACUGGACAUCAGAGGAAAACCCACCAUACAACUAUUAUCUGUACUACACCUAUGCUAAUAUGGUUGUCCUCAACACCUUCCGAAAGGAGCGAGAUAUGUCUACAUUUGUCUUGAGACCUCACUGUGGAGAAGCAGGGCCUGCUACUCAUCUUGUUGCAGGCUUCAUGCUGGCAGAAAGCAUUGCACAUGGUCUUGUGUUGCGAAAGGUGCCAGUACUGCAGUACCUGUACUACCUCGCUCAGAUUGGCAUUGCUAUGUCUCCUCUCAGCAAUAAUUCCCUCUUCCUCAACUACCAUCGAAACCCGCUAUUGGAGUACUUCAACCGCGGUCUCAAUGUCUCACUUUCUACUGAUGAUCCUUUGCAGUUCCAUUUUACAAAGGAACCAUUGAUGGAGGAAUACAGCAUUGCAGCUCAAGUGUGGAAAUUGUCUACCUGUGACAUGUGUGAGAUUGCUCACAGAAGUGUGCUGCAAAGCGGAUUUCCUCAUGAGGUCAAACAGCACUGGCUGGGUCCCAACUACACCAAAGAAGGGGUGGCGGGAAAUGACAUGGGUCGCACAAAUGUGCCAGACAUUCGUAUUGCCUACCGCUAUGAAACACUGGUGGAUGAGAUGCGCACCAUCUGCAGAGGGUCCAAGUCAUUUGAUAGGAACUGCAAGGAUGUUAAAUUUACUGCAAGUUAAGUGUCGCGACUCGUUGGAUGUACUGUGUGAUAAUGGUUGCUGCUGGAACGGCAUAUGCUUCUAGGCAUCACUGCUAAGCUGGCUUCAGCUGACAGACUGCAAAAUGUAAAAUGUCACUCCUGUUAUGGAAUGCAAAAAAGUAAGCUGUGCCAAUUGAAGAGCCAGCAGCAGUUAGUAAGCCAGUUACCAAAAAAAAAGCAAACGCUUAUUAGGAAAACAGCAGCAGUUUUUAAGGUCUGUUUCUAGCACUGUCAAGCCACUUGUUAAUCCAUCAGAUUUACUGUUAUUAUUAUCAUGUUGAUGACCAUUCUGUCCAUAUGCUGUUUCUUUCAAAUGGUUCUCGAGUGCUUUCAUCCUUUCAGCAACUAGAUCUGGUGAGAUCAAAAUUGUGCUGUGCCACAUUUUAAACUGCUUUUCUCUAAACCUGCAGUAGGCCUCUUUGCCCAUUAUUUGAUCAUCAUUUUAGAGUCUUAUUGCUUUUUGUUUUGUGUUUCCUUAUGAAUUUAUAACUUGCCUUUUGUGCUCAUUCUGAUAGUGUGUUUUGAAGUUUGCAUAGUCUGUAGACAUGAACUUAACAAUUUUGAGCCAAUUAUAUAUUAACAUAUACAGGGUUUCCCCUUUCUCCUUUAUCCAUCCAACCACACCCAUGUGGGUUUUUCCAACAGUUUUUGUAAGUGACUUCAUGUUAAAAUCCAUUCAUUACUAUUCUUGAGAGAUAAUUUUUAGCUGUGAAAUGCAACUGUUAAGCUUGGCUUUAUCUCUAACUCAUUUUAAAUUAUGCUGUUAGCGCUUUUUUUUUUUUUUGAAGACCUAAUUUGCUGUGAUCCAAACUACACCAAAUGAAAGGAGUCCCUUUCAGAUGGAAAAUCCUUUCCAUAUCAAAAAUAUAAAAAAGAAGAUAUGCUUGGUUUUUUGUGUGUUCUCAUGCAUGGAUAUGUGCAUAUUUUCACACACUGUCCUGCACAUUCAGUGCAUGGACAAAGAUCUCUUCCUUGUGUGUUUUGUAUAUUACUUACAGAGUGUUUCUACUGCUACAACAGGUUUGUUCUGUUUGUUCUGAGGUGUGUGGGUUUACAUGAACAUUGUACUGACAUAUAUACAUGUACAUACAUGUACAUUAUUUUCAGGCCAUAUGAAAUGAAUAGGAAAAACAAUGAGAGGUACAAUCUCACUCAUCCUUCUUCAAAAAAAGAUUUUUGAUAACAAUCAUUUUUUAAUAUUAAUACUUUACCUUUGGUGCUGGAAAUCUUUGCAACCAAAUGCUAGUUUUUGCACAACACGGUACCCCCAUGAUUCUUUUUUAGAAAUCAAAACUAAUGCAGGAAUUAGAGCCACAGGUUUUAAAGCAAUACAAGUUCACCCUUCUCCACCUCUCUCUCUCACACGCACACACAUAUGCAUAAAAUCACCAUUUUUGUUUUCAAUUUUGAGAUCCGCCAUGAGAGAUUUUUGUUGGGUGGCGUAAUUUUUACGUUGACCACUACUGCAUUACAGAACAUUUAGAAAUGAAUAUUUUGCAAAAUAUCCUAACAGUUCUGUGGUAGGAGUUGCAGCUCCUUGUUGUUUACCUAUCUUCAGUCAAUAUUAUGUUAUUGGGAAAUUUUUGAUCUACUGUUAACUGCUAACAAUCUAAAAUAAGGGUGGGAAAGUUCUAAGUAUAACUUAUUUGCUUGGGGAUUUUGUUUUGUUGUUUUCUUUUUAAUAUUGCAUGUUGUUAACAGUAUUCUUUUAUUAUUUAAACUGUAGAAAGACUAGUAAAAUGUCCAUUGUUGUGUGUUUUGUUAAAAUUCUUUUAAUUAUGUGUUCAGCUUUUGUUGAUAAUUAUUUGACAGAUGUUGGUAAUGAGGAAAGACGAUAGCAUUUUGAUGUUCUGGCAAUAGUUUGAGGUAUGCUUAAAGCAUUUUGACAUGAAGUGAUAUCUGUUCACCAUUGUUAUAUGCAUUUAUGUAUAUUGAUUUCGUUCCUUUGAAGGGUACUGUUUCAAAUUUACAACUUCAUUCUUAAGCUUUAUAAUCUUAAGUGUAUGAAAAGAAACCUUGACUUAAUUUAUUUUGGAAAACACAUUUAAGGUGACCAAAGGAGUUUAUAAAAUCUGCAAGUAGAGAUUCCUGUUGUAUACUAGCUAUACAAUAUCCAUGUCAGAACAAGGCCACACAGAUGCUGUUAUUGAUGACACUGCAAACAUACAAAAGUAUUGGUACACAUAGAAUACUUGUUUAGUUAUUGCUAAACUUGACAGUCAUGUAUUAUUACACAACCAGUAGUUUGCCAUGACAUUGUGAUGAGUAUUGAGAUAUUGAAGUAGGCCACAAAAGUCACAGCUAAAGAUAAAAGUUUUCUUUAAGUUUUUUUAAUUUAAUUUAUAUUAUAAAAGUGACUACACGUUUAGAUUUUUUUAAAAAGAUUUUGUGGACCAAUUGCCAGACAUACCAUUUCUGUAGAGAUCUGUAAACUAAUGAAUGUUGCAGAAGUAACUUUUAUAUUCAUACAUCUGGUAGAAGAAAGUAGCAAACUUUCAUAAUCAUCAAAUGAUCUGAUCAAGUCAGUUAUUUACUGACAAAGCUCACUGAAUUUGUUCAAAUUAGCGUACAUGCCUUAAUGUGGCUUGUGUGUGUAUUCUUAUUUUUAAAGAUUUUAUAUUUGUAUUAUAGUCUGAACUAUUAAAGUGUAUUUUCUUGAUUUCAUGUUAGAAAAAAAAGCAAAUGUUAAGCCAGAGUUUACUAAAUAUUUACCUGCAAAAUAAGAAUUUCACAUUUCUUUUGUUAUUUUCAACUAAAUAUAUUCUCUAGUUAUAUAUGUUGUUCAUCUCAAGGAAGAUGAUUUCCAAAGCUUUUAAGUAUUUGUUUCCCUAGACCUCAAGAUGUAGAGAAGCACCAGGUAUCUACUAUUGAAUUAUGAACUCUGACAGUAAGUGGAGUCAGGGGAGAUAGACCAGGAUUUGUGGUGAUGAAGGCUUUCUUUACAACCAUCUCCAUUUGCAAUAAAAUAUAAUUAUAUGACUAACAAGCGUAAGUAUGUGCUACACAAAUCAUGCAUUUAUUAUUAUUUUUUUUAAACUGAAAACUAAGACAAGAUUGGUAAAUAAAUCACUUUGGUGAUGAUUUCAAAAUUGCAAGAUGAUCGCUAAGGAGCAGAACCGUCCCUUAAACGGCAUAUGUACUUUUGUUUCUUUUUGUUUUCAUCCAUUAAAGCAUGAAUUGUACAUAAACUAGACUGUUGGCAAUCUGCUGAGACCAACAGUUAAUCUCUCAUAAAGUGAUAAGCUGUUACUUGGCAAGUGAUUUGAUACCCAGCAUGAUGAAUGACAGCAAAUGGAGGAUGUACGACACUGAAAUUCUUAAUGGCAACAAUAUACUUAGCAAAAGUUUGUUGCUGAGUUACUUCGUGGCUUAUAUCUCUGUAUCAAAAGUUGUCAACCACCACUCAUCUCAGCUGAGAGCCAAUGAUCAACAAACAAUUCUAAAGACCAUAAAGUUUGAGUUUUGUAGUUUAUCUGCCUGUUUGGUGUCCAGCUGAUUUAAAAAAAAACCCAGAAGCUUAUUCAGUAAGGAUAAGGAUUUGUAAAUCACAGCAUACAGAAAAGCUAGUGCCCUGCGAUUGAAGCUAAUAUUUUUCAUUUUAAAAAAUUCCUGACAGUAGAUUUUCUUUAAAAUAUUUGCUUAUGAAUGUUGGAAGAGUUUUGUAUUUUUCUUUAAGCCUGAGGAGUUGACAGGAUAAGCACCAUCAUCUUGCUUCAUGCAAUGCCCGCUUCACAUAAAACUGCUUAUAAUAUGUAUCUGUUAAUUGCAAACACUUUCAGCUGCAGGGAAUUUAGGAGUAGAUCUGAUAUCUAUCAAUAUUUGGAGACUUAGUUAUUUUUGCUUUGAAUUUGAAGAAAGAUACAUGAUAAGCUCUCUGGUUUGUGCACUGGGAAGUGUUUUUAUUCGUAGUUUAAUGACAAUGUGAUAUUAUUUAGAUAGAUAUGUUUUGUGUAUCUUACUAGGCCUCUUAGAUCCAAGAACGUGAUCUGUAAUGUGUGUACACAUGGAUAUUUUAUAUGUAUGCAUGUGAAUUAAUGCCAUAUCUUAAUGAUUAUAAGAUGAAAAUAUUAAUCAUUGGUUCACUACUUCUCCUAUAUAUGCAAGACAUUGCAUUUUGCAUUUAAGGUUUACAUUUAACUAUCACAAAGAAGACUAGCAAGUAGUAUACUUUGGGUGAUUAAAUUAUAAAUACUCACGAAAUACAAGGUGAGGAUUAAAAAUGUCUUUUUUGAAAUAUUCAGGGUUCUUGAAUCAUCCAGGGUUCCUAUUUGACCACCUCUUACAUUUUUUUCAGUGCAUUUCACCAGCUACAUUAUGUUGAUAGCUUCCAUGCAGUUUACUCAUACCUGUAGACUUACAUGCUGACAAAUGUAAAUGCUGCUUACACUAUAACUUUAUAAAUGAAAUCCCAGGAGUAGAAGCUACGAUACUGUGAUGUCAUUGUUGAUUUAUAUAUGAAUGCUCAUUUAUAAUAAUUGUGUAUGACAUGUAUGGACCAUAACAUGCUGAUUAUAGUCUUGUUAUAAUUUGAUUCUGAAUGCAGAUGUGCAAAUUUAUUGGUAUAAUUAAGAAAGUGGUGAUCAUUAUUGAAUGAAAUUCAGCAGUAGUGAUAUUUUUAGGAAGUUCUUCUAGCCAUUGUUUUUAGGCUAUAGACUGAUAGUCUACAUUUUUGUUCUGUACUUUACUUUCUCAGUUAAAUGAUAUUACCUACUCACCUGUUUAAAAGAAGCUAAGCAUGACUUUUAGAGAUCACAUGCAUUUAUAGUGGCAGAUGUAGUGGACCUCUAAUUUUCUUUUACAUCUACCUCUUCUGUAGGCAGUCUGGUGAUGCAACAGCUAGCGUCUGUCAUCAAUAUAGAGAGGAUUGGCUGUUGUGGGUUCAGAUCAGAUAUGCCAUUCUUUCUCAGCUUGAGCAUCUUUAAAUGGCUGGCUGCUUUGCCUUGAAAUAGCUUUUUCUGAUCCACUUACUAGAAAAUCCAAACAUGAAUGUAUACCUGUGGGAACACAUACAGAACACACACAUUUAUUCACUCUCAGCCACCCACAGUGUACAUGCACACAGUUUUUGACACUAAACAACAGUGUGUUUUUUUUUUUGUUUUGACAAAGCUUACAGCACAGAUUUCUUAGGCUUUCGCUCUGUCUUUACCUACAGAUGAAUUUACUUACGAUUAAAUGCACAUAUUUUUUCCUUCGAAAGGCAUUACAUUUUAUAUAGAGAAAGUUUUGUCUCAUCACUCGGCUAAAGUUUCUGCACACAUGUUUACUAUCUUUGCUGAUCGAAUAUGUAUUAUUAUUAUUGUUAUUAUUGGUAUCUCUUUCACAGGGAGUGAAUGAUAGUCUGAAGUAUAGCCAUUAUUUAUCCUUUUAAGUUUGGGUUGGUUUUGUACUUAAAGUUAAAUAUAUGCUUAAUUAAA